UGCGACUAACUUCAAGACAGUGAGUAAGCGGGCCUUCAACGAAGCGAAUUGCGAAUGUCGUCCGCAAUUAUCUGAAGAUUAUUUUCUUGAUUGAGCAAUAAAUACGCAAAGCAAAAUUCUGCCAAAAUUGUGCGCGUUCGUGCCCGAUGUCUAGUGCUGAAGUCGCCGAUAAUUCCGUUGACCCCCCGGCGAAAAAGCGGAAGCUAAACACAGGAGAGGCGAGUUGCAAAUCCUCAGCAAUGGCGAACAAUGGAACGCGUGUUGAGGACGAAAUCGACGAGAGUCUGUAUUCACGGCAGCUAUACGUUCUGGGGCACGAUGCUAUGCGUCGGAUGGCCAACUCGGACGUGCUGAUAUCGGGGCUCGGCGGUUUGGGUGUGGAGGUUGCGAAAAACGUGAUCCUCGGUGGCGUCAAGUCGGUGACACUGCACGACGAGCGAACCUGCACUAUAGCGGACUUAUCGUCUCAAUUCUACCUGUCGGAAGCGACGGUCGGACAGAAUAGGGCGCUGGCUUCGUGCGAGCAACUCGCGGAGCUGAACCACUACGUGCCGACGACUGCUUACACCGAAAAGUUGGAUGAGGAAUUCGUUAAGAAAUUCAGUGUGGUGGUGUUGACCGGUGCCUCCUGGGCGGAGCAGCAGCGCCUGGCGGCCAUCACACACGCCAACAAUGUAGCGCUCGUGAUCGCUGACACCAGGGGGCUGUUCUCUCAAGUGUUCUGCGACUUCGGAGCUGAAUUCAAGGUGCUAGACGUGACGGGCGAGAACCCCGUGUCGGCGAUGGUGGCCGACAUAUCACACGAGUAUGAAGCUGUGGUCACUUGUCUGGACGACACUCGACAUGGGCUCGAAGAUGGGGACUAUGUUACCUUCAGUGAGGUGGAGGGCAUGACUGAAUUAAAUGGCUGUGAACCCCGCAAAAUUAAAGUCCUGGGACCAUAUACCUUCAGUAUUGGGGACACAACACUGUUCUCCAAAUACAAAAGAGGUGGUGUAGUCACACAAGUGAAGAUGCCCAAAAUACUCAACUUCAAACCCUUGAACGAAUCCAUCAAAAACCCUGAGUUCCUGAUCACCGAUUUUGGCAAAAUGGACUAUCCGCAGCAACUUCAUGUUGGUUUCCUGGCUCUCCAUAAGUUUGAGGAGGCAGAAGGAAGACUCCCUAAGCCCUGGUCCAAUGAAGACUAUGCCAAGUUCACUGAACAUGUGAACAAUAUUGUUAAAGGGGAAGAGUUGUUCAAGAGUGGAGAGUUUGAAGCCAAUAAUGAACUUCUAGAGACAUUCUGUAAGGUGUCUGCUGGUGAUCUAAACCCCAUGAAUGCAGCAAUUGGAGGUGUCAUCGCCCAGGAGGUGAUGAAGGCCUGUUCCGGAAAGUUCCACCCAAUAGUCCAAUGGCUAUACCUGGAUGCUAUUGAGUGCCUCCCUAAAGACCGAUCAGCACUCAAUGAAGAAAAUUGCAAACCUGUGGGCUCUAGAUACGACGGCCAGAUUGCUGUGUUUGGUAAAGAUAUCCAGAAGAGAAUUGGUGAACAGAAGUACUUUAUUGUUGGCGCGGGUGCCAUAGGCUGUGAACUGCUGAAGAACUUCGCGAUGGUGGGCGUGGGAGCCGACGGCGGGCAGGUCACCGUCACCGACAUGGAUCUGAUAGAGAAGUCCAACCUCAACCGACAGUUCCUCUUCCGGCCGCGUGACGUACAGAAACCUAAAUCCAGCACCGCUGCCAGGGCAAUCAAACAAAUGAACCCGUUGAUGAAUGUGGUGGCGCAAGAGAACCGCGUGUGCCAGGAGACCGAGGCGGUGUACGACGACGCGUUCUUCGAGGCGCUGGACGGCGUGGCCAACGCGCUGGACAACGUGGACGCGCGCAUCUACAUGGACCGGCGCUGCGUGUACUACCGCAAGCCGCUGCUGGAGAGCGGCACGCUGGGCACUAAGGGCAACACGCAGGUGGUGGUCCCGUUCCUCACCGAGUCCUACAGCUCGUCCCAGGACCCACCAGAGAAGAGCAUCCCAAUCUGCACCCUGAAGAACUUCCCCAACGCCAUUGAGCAUACAUUGCAGUGGGCCAGGGAUGAGUUCGAGGGUCUGUUCCGACAGGCUGCGGAGCAUGCGGCGCAGUACCUCCGGGACCCUCACUUCCUGGAGAGGACCAUGAGGCUACCUGGAAGCCAGCCCUUGGAUGUGUUGGAGAGCGUUAGGAACGCAAUCAACGACCGCCCACUAAGCUUCGACGACUGCGUAUCAUGGGCGCGCAUACACUUCGAGACGCAGUACUCCAACCAGAUCCUGCAGCUGCUGUUCAACUUCCCGCCGGACCAGACCACCACCAGCGGCGCGCCCUUCUGGUCGGGGCCCAAGCGCUGCCCAGCGCCGCUGGACUUCGACGAAGAGGACGAGCUGCAUCUGGAUUAUGUGAUUGCAGCUGCUAACCUCAGGGCGCAAGUGUACGGCUUGGCGCCCUGUGUGGACAGGCAAAAGAUUGCUAAACUGGCGUCCGGUGUGCAGGUACCGAAAUUCAAACCGAAAUCCGGCAUCAAGAUAGCAGUCACGGAUGCACAGAUGCAGCAGAACAAUGAUGACAUGGACCAGGACCGCGUGAAGAACAUCGUCGCAGACCUCCCGCCGCCCAACAAGCUCGGCAACUUGAAGAUCACUCCGCUGGAGUUCGAGAAAGACGACGACACCAACUUCCACAUGGACUUCAUCGUUGCGGCAUCCAACUUGCGUGCGGCGAACUACAAAAUACCACCCGCAGACCGACAUCGGUCCAAACUCAUUGCGGGCAAAAUCAUACCCGCCAUAGCCACUACUACUUCAGUUGUUGCCGGUUUAGUGUGUCUCGAGCUUUAUAAACUCGCUCAAGGCUUCAACACGUUGGAAGUUUUCAAAAACGGCUUCGUCAAUCUAGCUUUACCAUUCUUUGGCUUCUCCGAACCGAUCGCAGCUCCUACUAACGUUUAUUACGAUAAGAAAUGGACCCUCUGGGACAGAUUCGAAGUCAAGGGCGAAGUCACGUUACAACAGUUCAUAGAUUAUUUCAAGAAUGAACACAAGCUCGAGAUCACCAUGCUGUCCCAAGGCGUGUGCAUGUUAUACUCAUUCUUCAUGCCCAAAGCCAAGCGCCAGGAACGACUCCACCUGCCAAUGUCCGAAGUGGUGACUAAAGUCUCCAAGAAGAAACUAGAACCACACGUAAAAGCUCUAGUGUUCGAGUUGUGCUGCAACGACGAAGACGACAACGACAUCGAGGUUCCUUACGUUAAAUACACUCUGCCUUAACAUUAUAGACUUUUAGAAAUUAAAAAAAAAAAACUAAAAAAAACAUCGUCAGUUUAUCACGAGCCGAAAUUAUUGAUUUACGCCGACGACGGCGGGUUUUUGUGGCAUUUAAAUGCAUAAUAGCGAUGUUUGUACACGAAUUUCACUUCAGAGGGUAUUUUUAAAAAAAAGUAAAGUUGUCGACGCGGAUAGCUAUAGAUGUUUUAUAAGGGCCAGGGAGUUCCCCGGCCGAGCGAUUGUACAGUAAUAGUGGUAACCGUGUGAUGAUUCUUUUUUUUUAUUUUGUGCUUAAGACACGCUUUUAUUGUCUACUGAUAGUAUGAUAUAUUUCGUAUAUUUAUGGUAGUGUAGUAGCUAAACAGGCAACACCCCACUUUUCAUGCGUUUAUUCAAAUUCAAUAUAUUUGUGUGCCGGAAACACAUUGCCAACACCAGAUGCGAUGGCGUCACCUGUUCGGAAUCGCAAUUUUAAUUAUAGCACAUUCAUGCAAAUGCAAUGCUCGACAGAAAACUCGUAAAUAAAGCUUUAGUUUUUACUUUUUAGUAUAAAGAAAAAUUUUAGAUGCUUCCACAUCCAGUUGAACCGAGAAAUGGUUGGCAGAAGCUCAAAUGUUAAGGAAUGUCACAAUCGGUAAAGACGUAUACUAAAGGGCAACAACCUAAUGGCUCCUCUACACUAUCAGUCGUGAUUGACAAAAUGUGGCAUAAUUGCUCAGUUAUUAACUCAAUCGUGAACCCUACACAUUUGUACUAUCGUCUGCGAACUUCUGACGUUCGAAUGAUAAACGACGAGUACGCUGGUCGCCGAUCAUGGGCGAUUAUGCACUCUACACUCUGGAUUGCUUGUAUUUUCGGUAUAAAAGCCGUGAUAGCCCAGCGGAUAUGACCUCUGUCUCCGAUUCCGGAAGGUGUAUUCGAAUCCGGUCCGGGGCAUGCACUUCCAACUUUUCAGUUGUGUGCAUUUUAUGAAAUUAAACAAGUGUUUCAAACGGUGAAGGAAACACAUCGUGAGGAAACCUGCAUACCAGAAUUUUCUUGAUUUUCUGUGUGUGUGAAGUCUGCCAAUCCGCAUUGGGCCAGCGUGGUGGACUAUUGGCCUAACCCCUCUCAUUCGGAGAGGAGACAAGAGCUCAGCAGUGAGCCGAAUAUGGGUUGAUAACUUAAAGUUGUCGUCCACCAUGACCGAUGGUGUAGAGGAGCCAUAAGUUUAUAUUGGUUGUUCUCGUAGUAUUGUACUAGUCGACGCGCGGCGUGUGGGGUGUUGAGUGUGCUUCUACUCGUGCAAUUGUAAUUGUUUGCUCACAUCGUCACGUAUUGCGCUGUUUUAUUUCGUGAUUUUAAAAUUCAAUCGUUUUUUUUUACACAAAUUUGUCUGAUUAAUAAUAAUUGUUCAAAAUGAGGGGUAUGUAUAUGGAGAAAUAAAAUAAAUAAAAUUCGAGCAAA